AUGGUGGCGACCGGCGACGAGGCACUAUCCGGCGAGAUGGCGGCGACCGGCAAUGAGGCGAUUCCGGUUGUGGAUGAGACAAUGUGCGGCUGCGUUUUUUGGUAUGCACUCUCUGUGUUUUUAGGUCACGAUGGAACGAGAGGAAAGAAGAAUAAAGAGGGAGGGGUAGAAAUGUCUUAUUUCCCAGUCAACGAUAUGUAUUAUGCUGACCCGAUAAGUGCAAAUGUAAUCAAUAGACUUUUAGUUUCGUAA